AUGGUUUGGAUAAAUGGUUGUCCACAAUUCCUGGUGGAUAUACCAUUGAAACCUCAAGAAAUACUAGAAAUACUUGACAUAACACAUACUCCAUUAUUAGCAAUCUUAACACCGACUUCAAUUUACAUAUUCAACAAAUAUACAUUAUUACCAUUGGCUAAUCAUGCUCGAAAUUUAGACUCAAUUGAAAAUAAUGGACUCAAUAUAGAUUUAAAGGUUAAAAAUGUCAGUGUAAAUACAUCCAAAUUACAAAAAUUACCAACUAUAAACUUAUUUAUUCAAACAAAUUUAAAUUUUUUAAUAAUUUAUCAACUUUCCAUAAACUUUUCAAAGAAUUUAUAUGAAAUACAUAAUUCAAAUAAUGAAUUAAUUCAAUCUGGUUUACCUAUGACUUUUACUCCACUGAAAUUUUCAAUUACUAAUUUUGUCAAAAAUGCUACAAAGUCAAUUAUUCAUGGUACUGAAGAAAUACUGAUAAACUUAGAAAAUGUAGAAAAUGUAAAUAAUUGUUCAAUUGAUGAUGAAGUUAAUAACUUCAAUAUUGAAUACGUUAAAAUUGGAAUUUUCAAAAUUUUAAAAAUUGGUAUCGGGUAUAAAGAAUAUUGGUUACAGGAAAAUAGUCAUAAUUUAUUCGUAUUUAAUAAUCAUGAUGAUAAGGAGGAACAUCAAGAAAAACCAGAUGAUGAUUUUAUUCAUAUGGUCAAUAUAUUAACUUUAAAGACGCAAUUAUUUGUGUUUUCCGAGUUUGAAUGGUAUAAUUCAGUCAGAAUAAAAUAUAUUACAUUUAACGAGUUUGAAAAUUAUUUUAUAUUCGUCAAUACAAAGAAUGAGAUUUGGUAUACGAGUCUAGAAUCUGACGGGCUUAUAGGCUACAAAAUAGGUAAGGGGAAUAUAAAAAAUAUGUCAUUUAAUCCAAAGUACAAUUUAAUUUUAAUUAAUGAGAAUGAUGUGUUGAAGAUUGCAACUAUCAAAAAUAAAUCAUUUCAAAUUAUAAAAAAUUUAGAUUAUAAUGGAGAAUUUAAAUGGUCUUCAUGUGGAAGUUUUUUCAUUUUAAUUGAUGAUGAAAAACACUGGAAAUUGAUUUCUAAAUUCGGUAAUGUAUUUUCUGACACACAAGAGAUUUCCAAUGAAGUAGAUGAAGAUCUAGAGCAGACAUACCUAAAAGCAUCUUCAGUUGUUAUAUCGGGGAACUCAUCAGUGCUAUAUGUGCUAAAUGAGAGCAAAUUACAUUAUAUCAAUUUGGUAAAAUCUACUAAUAAUAUACUAUAUGACAAGGAGUACAUCAGUUUAAUUGAAAAAAAUCGAAAUCUUAUACGAUUUCCAAUAACGCCUAAAUUUAAGAAUAUAUUUCAAUUCCAAGAAAAUCAUUCAGGAAAUUCAAAAACACAACAUGGUAGAUUUUCCAUAUCUCAAAAUAUAUUUGACCAAUUAUCAAUAUCUUAUGGUGAUCAUUUAGCCGUAUCAACUCCAAUUACCACUGGUGGUAAUAUCAAUCAUAUUUUAUGGUUUAAUUUUAGAAAUUUUUUAGCUGAAUCAAUGAAUAUAAUUAAUCAAUUUUGGUUUAGAGAUUAUUUAAUAAUUAUUAAUCGUAUACCAAAGCACACAGAUGAUGAAGAUGAAUUUAUUGAUGAAUUCAUUGUGUUUGACACUUCAUUAUUGAAGUAUGGGACGGGAGGAGAAGAAAUUACUUUUAACAGUGACCUAUUGAUCUGGAAAUAUAAUUUCAAUAGCACUUUUGUUGUGUCCACAAUUAUAGAUACUAAUAAAACCAAGUCAAAAGUUGUAUUAUUAACUAGUGAUCAUCGAUUAGUUGUGUUAAAUCUAAGUACCAAUAGAAUUUUAGAACAAAAUAAUGAAUCAAAGCAUUACAAAAUUCAUUUAUCAGUAGAUAAGACGGUUCAUUUAUCAUCAAUAGUUAAAAAGAUUAAUUUGAAUGAAGUUAUACAAAUUAGUAUGAUUCAAGAUAAACAUUUUUUAUUUUUAUUAAGCAAUGGUGAGUUUUAUUUACUUAAAAAUCAAUCACCAAGAAGAUCAUCGUCAUUUAGUAAGCCAAUUGAAGUGAUAAAACCAAGUAAUAUAUAUGAUUUAAUCAAACUACAUUCCUCAAUUGAAUACUUUCAGUUCAAAUCAAUUAAGUUUCAAGAUAAGUUAGAUUUCAUAUAUUUAUUCAAUGGCAGUCAAAUUUUUAUAUAUGAAAUUAAUGAACUAAUAAAUAAAUCAAAACCAAUACAACAAGAAGAGAUAGUUGACGAUCUAUUGGAAGAUAUAGAAGAUGAACCAUUACUACCAAUAGUUAUUGAUUGUAGAAAUUUACAACCAUUUAAAUUUGAUGUAAUUUCAAACAAAUCAAUUGAUAUAAUUGGAGUUGAAAAUAUUAUACUAAAUAAAUCGAAUGGUUUAAUUAUUAAAAAUAGAAUAAGACACCAGUUAAUACUUAACAAUUUUAUUGAAUUUGAUUUAUUACAUAAAGGAGAUUUAGAAAGUUCAUUUAAUAAAUAUAAACAUUUUGAAAAUUUUCAUUAUUGUUUGGAAUUAUUAUUAUUUAAGCAUCUUACAAUAGAUGAAGAUAAGACACAAUUAACAUUAAAGAGAUUAUUUCAAUUAAUUGAAUUUACAGAAAAUUCAGAAUUCAUAUAUAUAAAUUGUUUAAGAAAGAUUGAAAUUGUUUAUUGGAAUAAAUUUUUCAAAAUAUUAGAUACAACUCCAGAAAAUUUUAUGAGUAGAUUGAUUGAGAUAGAUAAUGUUGAAUUAUGUUACAAUUAUCUAAUAGUUUAUCUAAAUUAUAGAAAAGAAGAAGAUGAGAAGAAGGAUUUCGAUCAAUUAAAUGAAAAUGAUAAGAAAAUAAUCUUAAAAAUCAUUAAAAUGUUGGAUAAAUCCAAAAAAUGGGAUUGGUGUUUUGAAUUAUGUAGAUUUAUCAAAAUUCUUGAACCAUCAGGACAAUUUUUAAAGCAAAUUGAACAUGAAUUAACUUAA